AUGUUUACUGGGCUCCAACUUAAGAACCCCGACCUCCCCUUCUUCUCUCACUUGACUCUUCUCUUUACCCACCACCUGAUCGUCAUGAAGUUCUCCUUGGUCCUAGGCGGCCUUGCUGCCUUGGCCUCGACGGCGGUGUCAGUUAAGGUGAAUCCACUCCCCGCCCCUCGAAACAUCACCUGGGGUUCGUCUGGUCCGAUCCCCGUUGGGGACGUAAUUCUCCGCACCUCCGACAGCCACCAUCACAAGCACAAAAUCGUCCGGCACGCGUGGGCCCGGGCCUGGGACACGAUUACCGACCUAAAGUGGGUUCCCGCCGCCACCGAAGCGCCCAUCGCCUCCUACGAACCCUUCCCGACCGGCGCCGGCCUCACCAAGCGCACCGCGGUCACGAUUUCCUCGGUUCAAGUCUCCAUUGUGGACGGAGAUGCCGAAUUACAGCAUGGAGUGGACGAAUCCUACACAUUGGAUGUUGCAGCUUCGUCUGGCAGCAUAAAGAUUCAUGCGCAAACCCCUUGGCAACUGAUCAUCUCUGACGGCCGUGGCGGGUUGAUCAUUGAGCAGCCGGUUCAUAUCUGGGAUGCCCCUCUCUACCCGUACCGUGGAAUCAUGCUCGAUACGGGCCGCAACUUUAUCACUGUUCCCAAGAUCCUCGAGCAGAUUGACGGCAUGGCGCUAUCCAAGCUGAACGUCCUGCACUGGCAUUUGGACGAUUCCCAAUCGUGGCCAGUGGAAAUGGAAACCUACCCGCAGAUGACAAAGGACGCAUUCUCGCCUCGAGAAAUCUUCUCCAAGAGCGAUAUUCGGCGCGUCAUUGGCUAUGCUAAAGCUAGGGGUGUCCGUGUCAUCCCCGAGGUGGAUAUGCCUGGUCACUCGGCCUCUGGCUGGCAGCAAGUGGAUCCGCAGAUGGUAGCUUGUGCACACUCUUGGUGGUCUAAUGAUGUCUAUAAAUACCACACAUCCGUCGAGCCUAACCCCGGUCAGCUCGACAUCAUCUACAACAAGACAUACGAAGUCGUUAAGGGUGUCUACGAUGAACUCUCGGACAUUUUCGAGGACAACUGGUUCCACGUUGGUGCUGACGAGCUCCAGACUAACUGCUAUAAUUUCAGCACCUACGUUACCAAUUGGCUCACGGAGGAUCCUUCCCGUACCUACAAUGACCUGGUUCAAUACUGGCUGGAUCGAGCCCUUCCCAUCUUCCGCGGCGCAUCCCCGGAUCGUCGUCUCAUGAUGUGGGAAGACGUAUAUCUCUCCGACCCCCACGGGACGGACGUUCCUCGUGACAUCGUUCUGCAGACCUGGAAUGGUGGGCUGACCAACAUCAAGAAGCUCACCUCCAGUGGCUUCGAUAUCAUUGUCUCCUCUUCCGACUUCCUCUACUUGGACUGCGGCCGUGGCGGCAUCGUCUCGAAUGAUCCGCGCUAUGACGUUCAGUCCAACCCCGACGGCGGCGUCAACUUCAACUAUGGCGGCAACGGCGGGUCUUGGUGUGCCCCGUAUAAGACCUGGCAGCGUAUCUACGACUACGACUUCACCACCAACCUCACCAAGGCCGAAGCUAAGCACGUCCUUGGCGUUGAGGCGCCCCCUAUGGUUGACUCUGUUACCGUCUCAAACGAGUUUUGGCCUCGUGCUGCUGCUCUCGGUGAGCUGGCAUGGUCUGGCAACCGUGACGCCUCCGGCCGUAAGCGCACUACUUUACUCACCCAGCGUCUCCUCAACUUCCGCGAGUACCUCGUUGCAAACGGCGUUCAGGCUCAAGUCCUUCUUUCCAAGUACUGCAUGCAGCAUCCCCACGCAUGCGAUCUCUACUAUAACCAGACCGUCAUUACUUGA